AUGGCCGGGCGGCCGAAUGCGCCUCCGACAUCCAGCAACUACAAUCAAGAUCAUCUCCUGGACCUGGGUAAUCCCGCUCCCGUUUACAGUUCAGGGCAACGACCUCCUGUUGACGAUUCCCAACUAUUACACACAUAUAACAUCGAUGAUUCAGAUGAAGCCCAACCGAGACCUUCGACAAGUUACGAUGACUUUGUUGGCGGAGGCAGGGCACCAGCCCCAGACCAUGCGCAACAACCGAUAGCCACAGGUUCAAGUCGACAUUUCAAUGCACCUUUCAUGUCUGAUGGCUCCAGAAAUUAUUCACAGACCUCUGACCUCCACAACUACUCGAAAUAUGGCGAUGCUGAUGAUUAUCCUGGGGAAGAGCCGGGAUACAAAUACUACGACGAUGCUGAUACCGCUGAUGAACAUAUCCCCGGCGGUGGAGUGCAGGUUGUUGGACACCAUGGUCGAACUCGCAGCAGCUUGAUGUCUAUGAAUGGUAUUAUGGACAGGGCCAAAGGGGCCCUAGGAAUGAGAGACAGCAACUACUCCGACAUGAACUUACCUUUGACGGAAUCCGGAAACAGAGCCAGAGCUAAUACCGCUGGCACUGAGUCGACCUUACCUCCGCAAGAGAAGAAAAGCUUCAGCUUUGACAAUGUCAAAGCCAUGUUUGGAAGAAAGAAGGUCGACCCUGCUUCUCUCGGCCCCCGAAUUAUCCAUCUCAACAAUUCUCCCGUCAAUGCCGGCAAUAGAUGGGUGGACAAUCAUGUUUCCACCGCCAAAUACAAUGUCGCCACUUUCUUACCCAAAUUUUUGUACGAACAAUUCUCAAAAUACGCCAAUCUAUUCUUCCUUUUCACCGCGGUCCUCCAACAAAUCCCCAACGUCUCUCCAACCAAUCGAUUUACAACCAUUGUACCCCUAGGCAUCGUGCUCUUGGUGUCAGCCAUUAAAGAAUUGGUGGAGGAUAACAAGAGAAAAACAUCCGACAAAAGUCUCAAUGACUCUCGAGCGCAAGUUCUAAAGGGUUCGGAUUUUGUCGACACCAAGUGGAUCAAUGUUGCUGUCGGAGACAUUGUUCGAGUGGAGUCCGAGGAGCCAUUCCCAGCCGACUUGGUCCUAUUAGCAAGUUCAGAACCAGAAGGUCUGUGCUAUAUCGAGACCGCCAAUUUGGAUGGCGAGACCAACUUGAAGAUCAAGCAAGCCAUCCCUGAAACUGCUCAUCUCGUCAGUCCAGCGGACCUGGGAAGACUCGGUGGCCGUGUUCGCUCGGAACAACCCAACAGCAGUUUGUAUACAUACGAAGCGACUCUGAGUAUGCUAGGUGGAGGAGGCGGUGGAGAAAAAGAACUUCCAUUAAAUCCCGAACAAUUAUUACUCCGUGGUGCCACCUUGAGAAAUACACCAUGGGUCCACGGCCUGGUGGUCUUUACUGGUCAUGAAACUAAACUGAUGCGGAAUGCAACUGCAACGCCCAUCAAACGUACAAAUGUUGAGCGAAUGCUCAAUCGACAAAUUCUCAUGCUGGUCGUGAUUCUUCUGGUACUCAGUGCUAUCAGCACAGUUGGUGACAUCAUUGUCAGACUGAGAGCCGGCACGAAAUUGACUUAUCUGUACUAUGGCAGCUUCAACGUGGCCUCCCAAUUUUUUUUGGACAUCUUCACAUAUUGGGUCCUCUAUUCCAAUCUGGUCCCUAUCUCACUCUUUGUGACGAUAGAAUUGGUCAAGUAUUAUCAGGCGUUCCUCAUCAACAACGACCUAGACAUCUACUUUCCAGAUACGGACACGCCGGCUGUUUGUCGAACCUCAUCACUAGUUGAAGAGUUGGGACAAAUAGAGUAUAUCUUUUCCGACAAGACUGGCACCUUGACCUGCAAUAUCAUGGAGUUCAAACAAUGUACUAUUGGUGGACUGCAAUAUGCUGGGGUGGUGCCAGAAGAUAGAAGGGCGAACGGUCCAGAUGAUACCAGCGGUGUUCAUGAUUUCAAACAGCUACGAGAAAAUCUCAAAAGCCACCCCAGUGCAACGGCUAUUCAUCAUUUCUUGGCACUGUUGGCAGUGUGCCAUACUGUUAUCCCGGAAAGAAAGGAUGAAAAGUCUGAAAUCAAAUACCAGGCGGCGUCACCCGAUGAAGGCGCUCUCGUUGAAGGUGCUGUACAGUUAGGAUACAAGUUCGUUGCCAGAAAACCGCGGUCAGUCAUUAUCCAAGUGGAGGGACAAGAGUUCGAGUACGAGCUACUCGCCGUGUGCGAAUUCAACUCCACGAGAAAACGUAUGUCAACUAUUUUCAGAUGUCCCGAUGGCAAAAUCAGAAUAUACUGCAAAGGUGCCGAUACAGUCAUCUUGGAAAGGCUGGCCAAAGACAAUCCUAUCGUGGAUAUCACCUUACAGCAACUUGAAGAUUACGCCACGGAAGGUCUGCGAACGUUGUGUCUCGCGAUGCGUGAAGUACCGGAACAAGAAUACCAGACAUGGCGUCAGAUAUUCGACAAGGCAGCUACCACUGUAGGUGGCAACCGUGCUGAAGAAUUGGACAAAGCGGCAGAAAUUAUCGAGCAUGAUUUGUUUUUGCUGGGAGCAACAGCCAUCGAGGAUCGCCUCCAAGACGGAGUUCCAGACACAAUCCAUACACUCCAGACUGCCGGAAUCAAGGUAUGGGUUCUCACCGGUGAUAGACAAGAGACUGCCAUCAACAUUGGCAUGAGUUGCAAAUUAAUCAGUGAAGAGAUGACUUUAUUGAUUGUCAACGAAGAGAAUGCGACCGAUACCAGGAACAACCUCCAAAAGAAACUAGACGCCGUGCGCAAUCAAGCCAAAUCUGGAGAACACGAGGUUAUGGCUCUUGUCAUUGACGGGAAGUCUUUGACCUUUGCCUUGGAAAAGGACAUGGAGAAAUUGUUCCUUGAUCUGGCCGUCAUGUGCAAAGCUGUGGUUUGUUGCCGUGUCUCACCCUUGCAAAAGGCUCUCGUUGUCAAACUUGUCAAGCGGCAUCUAAAAGCCAUUCUUCUUGCCAUUGGCGAUGGUGCCAACGAUGUUUCCAUGAUUCAAGCCGCUCACGUCGGUGUCGGUAUCAGUGGUGUGGAGGGUCUGCAAGCUGCACGUAGUGCAGAUGUUGCCAUCGGGCAGUUCCGAUACCUGAGAAAAUUGCUUCUCGUCCAUGGUGCAUGGAGCUAUCAAAGAAUCAGCAAGGUCAUUCUGUACUCAUUCUACAAGAACAUUGCAAUGUUCAUGACACAAUUUUGGUACUCAUUCCAAAACGCAUUUUCCGGCCAAGUCAUUUACGAAUCAUGGACGUUGUCCUUCUACAAUGUCUUCUUCACUGUGCUUCCUCCCUUCGCAAUGGGUAUCUUUGACCAAUUCAUCUCUGCUCGCCUUCUAGAUCGAUACCCACAAUUGUAUCAGUUGACGCAGAAAGGAGUGUUUUUCAAGAUGCAUUCAUUCUGGUCGUGGGUUGGCAACGGCUUCUACCACUCAAUCCUCGCGUACAUCUUCUCAUCAUACUUUUUCUACGAGGACCUGAUCCUCUCGAACGGUCAGAUCGGAGGCCAUUGGCUUUGGGGUACGAGCAGUUAUACCGCCAUUCUGCUUGUCGUUCUGGGUAAGGCAGCACUGAUCACCAACGUCUGGACCAAAUACACCGUACUGGCCAUCCCCGGAUCCUUCAUCAUCUGGCUCAUAUUCCUCCCGGCAUACGCAUACGCGGCACCCAACAUUGGGAAAGGAUUUUCGACCGAACUCGAAGGCAUCAUCCCCAAAAUGUUCACCUCACCAGUCUUCUACGCGAUGUGCCUGGUCCUGCCACCGGUGUGUCUAAUCCGAGACUUCGCAUGGAAAUAUGCCAAGAGAAUGUACUACCCGCAAGCGUACCACCACGUGCAGGAGAUCCAGAAAUACAACGUGCAGGACUACCGGCCGCGCAUGGAGCAGUUCCAGAAAGCCGUGCGCAAGGUCCGGCAGGUGCAGCGCAUGCGCAAACAGCGCGGCUAUGCGUUUUCGGCCGGCGACGAAGGUGGCCAGCAGAUGCGCGUGCUCAGUGCGUACGACACCACACUGCAGAGAGGCAGGUAUGGUGAGAUGAUCAGUAGUCGGGAUACCGCUACUUUCGGCUGA